GAGCAGAUGCGAAAUAAAUUAUUUGUGUUUUAUUACACGAGUUCAAAAUACAUAGCUGGGUAUGACUCUUCAGUUUUAACGAAAAAACAAAAACUCUUCAAUCAAUUCGUUUGAAAGAUGCCUUACGUUUCAUCGGGAGGUCAAGUCUUGGGAGGUCAAUCUCCAUGGAGAAUAUCUAUAGUAUCAGACAUGUUUUGGGCACUGAUAAACUUUGUAGUCUUGUUCUUUCACACAAUGUUUUCGCCUAAUUUGACGAAAUAUGGGGAUAGUUACUCUUCAAAUUAUAAACCCGGAGAUGGGCCAUCUGGUGGUCCAAGAAGAAGACUUGGGAGAAUUAAUCAUGGAGGAGGUGGAGCUGCAUCUCCAGGUAACCUGCCACCAGGUGGCGGAUGAGGAAGGUAAAGCUUUCGAUGAACUUUAUUGCUUGUCGUUAGCUUGCUUACUUCACGGAAAUAUUUGAAACAUGCAAAUGGCAAUUUUUUUUGCUGUGAUGACGUCAUUCAAGAGAAUUCACGACGGAACUUGAUGUGACUGAUGACUUUGUAAAUGUUUCGAAUGUAUUUAUAAGAAACCUUUAUUCCAGACUUCCUAGACUUUGGCUGAAUUUUGUGUAAUAGGAAGUGUGGGAUGCGGUUAAAAACAGAAUUGUAAAUAUUGAUUAUUGUAAUUUCGAGAAAUAUAACUUUUGUUUCUAACA